GGUCCAAUGAACUUGUGUUUGUCGGACGAGUUUCGGAAUGUAACACAAGAUGGACGAUUCCAUAAAACAGAUUAUCAAAUAAGUUGAUUAGAGUCCUAAAAAUAAUGUCUGAUGAUGAAUGCUUCGGUCCAGCACUUCCACCGGGAUUCACUAAUUCAAGAAAAGAAGAAACUAAACAGAAAUCUAACAGUGAGAGCAGACAUGGGAUAGGACCGCAGCUUCCCCCAAACUUCGGAGGACAGCCCGCAGGUUCAUCAUCAGAUGAAGAAGCCCCCUGCAUUGGUCCGUUAUUGCCAUCACAUCUCAAAUCAUCUCACACCCAAUCACAAAGUUCUAAUGCAAAAAAGGACACACACUCAAUAUCUCAAUCAAAGUCACCUGAAAGUUUGUCAACUAUUGGUCCAUCACUUCCUCCACAUUUAUCUGCUAAAUUCAAGUGUUCUGAUGACAAUGAUUCUAGAACUGAUUCCAUUGGUCCAUGUUUACCUAGUGAUCAAAGUUCAUUCAGUGCGACAAAAGAUGAUAAUGUGAUUGGUCCCUCCCUACCCCCUCAUUUACAAAGGAACACCCAGUCCUCUUCAUCAAGAGAAGGGGAAGAAGAUGAUGAUGACAGUGAUCUCAUUGGACCCCUUCCUACUGAAAUGACUGCAGGAAAUUCUCAGACCAGUUUCUCUGCAGAGUUUGAAAGGAGGGCUCAGAAAAUGAGAGAUCACUUGGAUGGAAAAAAUGAGCCAGAGAGCCAGCCCAAACGAGAGUCGUGGAUGACCGAGCUACCAGACUGUCUUGGCCAGAAUAUUGGAUUGACCGCUCGAACGUUUCGUGCAAACGCUGGGCCAGACAUGAGUGACCGGUCAAUGUGGACAGACAGCCCAGCAGACAGAGCUAGAAAAGAGAAGGAGGGGAAUAAAGGAAACAGAAAACGAUCUCACAAUGAGGCAGCUUCCAGCAGCAGAGAUCAACAGAUCAAGUCAGAGGUGGACAAAUUUAAUAAAAAUCGUGGCACUGAAUCAUUGCUUGACAUGCACCAGAAGAAAAUGAAAAAGAAAAUGAAAGAGGAGGAAAACAAACCUAAAGAACGACGACCUUUUGAUCGUGACCUUGACCUUCAAGCGAACAGAUUUGAUGAAGCACAAAGGAAGUCUAUUAUCAAGAAAUCACAGAACCUCAACAGUAGAUUUAGCCAUGGGAAGGGCAGUCAAUAUUUAUGAAGAUUUAACAAUGGGAGUGGUAGUCAGUAUUUAUGGAGAUUGUUUUGAAGUGUAUAGUGGUCAGACAAUAUCUCCUCUUGGAUUAGAUACUUGAGGUCAAUAGUUGUGAAAGCUUUAUUUUUACUGCAUUCAAUACUUCAUUUUUGCAAAAGAAAUAAUAUAUCAUGUAAAAAUUUUAGUAGCCUGCUCGUUGUGCCUAAUGGUUCAUGGAAUAACAAAAAAAGGAUGCAAAUGAAUUUCAUUGAAAACACAAAGACUUUAUCCUGUAAAAAAUAUUUUAUCAUUAAAUUUAUGUGAAUAUGUAA